UGUGCAAUUGUUUGCAUCACUCUUGUGCAAUCAAGAAGAUCCACAGGCACAAGUUCGCUUUUCCAGAUUUUCACUGGUCAGGCUCUCAUGUAUGUUGUACCAGCACGUGUAAAUCUUCAAGACUACUUUGAGUUCAGAGAAACAUGCAUGAAGGCAUGCAACAAUAAGGCGUCUGCAGCUGUGAAUGAGUGCAGUGCUGACAAUUUGGGACAUUACUAUCUCAAGUAUCGGCAAGAUUGUCUCAACGAACCGUGCGCUUGUGAAAUGCUUUACAUGAAUUGCGGAGGUGCAUACAAGACAAAGAUUCAUCCCACUUGGGCAGCGGACGGAAUCUGCACUUAGGUAGCUAGCGGAGACAGGCGAAUUCUGUGUCAACACUAUGAAUCAUUCAUCAUACGGCGUCGUUAUCUCUGCAUUUGACGGAUCGCACUUGUUCGAUUAUCCGAAAACCCCACGGCUCUCAGAAGUGAGUUGUUUUAGCGAGAAUAUACAUAAAAUGUUUUUGCACG